GAGAGAGAGAGAGAAAACAUUCGAGACACUUGAACGUGAAAACGCCAACUGCAGUAAAUUAGUGGAGCUGGGACUUAACAGCUCCUAACCUGUCUCUACAGGAAAGAUAUUUUCGGCUUAACUUUAUUUAUCGGCAGUUAUAAAGACACCAGAAUGGGACAGCGUCUGAUUAUAGGACUUUCGAUACUCUCCAUACUUUUAAGUCAGGGUUUGUGCUCUGGUGUCUUUGAGCUGAAGUUACAGGAAUUUCUUAACAAGAAAGGUGCAUUUGGAAACAUGAAUUGCUGUAAGGGUGGAUCUGGACCCGUUCUGCUACAGUGCGAAUGUAAAACGUUUUUCCGGAUCUGCCUGAAACAUUACCAAGCGAACGUAUCUCCCGAGCCUCCAUGCACCUACGGCAGCGCUGUCACCCCAGUGCUGGGGAGUAACUCUUUCCAAGUAUCCGAAACUUCAUCUGAUGUCACUUUCACCAAUCCGAUUAGAUUCACUUUCGGAUUUACCUGGCCUGGUACAUUUUCCUUGAUUAUAGAAGCCCUGCAUACGGAUUCUCCUGAUGACUUGUCAACAGAUAAUCCAGAUCGCUUGAUCAGUCGCCUUACCACCCAGAGACACCUUGCAGUGGGCGAAGAAUGGUCGCAAGACCUUCACACUGCCGGCAGAACUGAACUCAAGUAUUCCUAUAGGUUUGUUUGUGACGAGCAUUAUUACGGCGAAGGAUGCUCGGUUUUCUGUCGCCCACGUGACGAUGCGUUUGGUCACUUCACCUGCGGAGAAAGAGGGGAGAAAGUUUGUAAUCCUGGAUGGAAAGGCCAGUACUGCACUGAAGCAAUUUGCUUGCCCGGAUGUGAUGAACAACAUGGGUUCUGUGAAAAGCCUGGUGAAUGCAAAUGCAGAGUUGGGUGGCAGGGACGCUACUGUGACGAAUGCAUCCGUUACCCUGGAUGCUUGCAUGGAACAUGCCAACAGCCAUGGCAGUGUAAUUGUCAAGAAGGAUGGGGUGGUCUUUUCUGUAACCAAGAUUUGAACUACUGCACACAUCAUAAACCUUGUAAGAAUGGAGCCACUUGCACCAACACGGGACAAGGAAGUUACACUUGUUCUUGCCGACCAGGAUUUAGUGGUGCCAGCUGUGAAAUUGAAAUCAAUGAAUGUGACAGCAACCCUUGCAAGAAUGGAGGAAGUUGCACUGAUAUGGAGAACAGUUUUAGCUGUACAUGCCCACCUGGUUUUUAUGGACCAACCUGUGAACACAGUGCUACAACCUGUGCUGAUGCCCCCUGUUUUAAUGGUGGCCAUUGUUCUGAUAACCCAGAUGGAGGCUAUUCUUGUGUUUGCCCUGUGAAUUACUCUGGUUUUAACUGUGAAAAGAAAAUUGACCAUUGCAGCUCUAACCCAUGCGUGAAUGGAGCCCAGUGUUUGGAUCUUGGAAACACAUACAUGUGUCAGUGUGCCAAUGGAUUCACCGGAGUGCAUUGUGAUGACAACAUUGAUGAAUGUGCUUCUUUUCCAUGUGCAAAUGGCGGAACCUGCCAGGAUGGUAUCAGUGACUACACAUGCACCUGUCCUCCAGGAUAUACUGGGAAAAACUGUAGCACACCUGUCAGAAAAUGUGAACACAACCCUUGCCAUAAUGGAGCUACAUGCCAUGAAAGGGACAAUCGCUAUGUUUGUGCCUGUGUCCCAGGGUAUGGUGGGCUCAAUUGCCAAUUUCUGUUGCCUGAACAUCCUAAAGAUCAGCCUGUUGUUAUAGACCAAACUGGAAAGUACACUGAAGUAAAUGAUGGAGAUUUCCCUUGGACAGCAGUAUGUGCUGGGAUUAUUGUUGUCCUUGCACUGUUGCUUGGCUGUGCUGUCAUUUUGGUUUGUUUCAAGGUGAAAUUGCAGAAAGUGCCUAGCCAAACAGAUGUCUGCAAAAGUGAUAUUGAGACAAUGAAUAACCUAACUGACUGCCAGCGAGAAAAAGACAUUUCUAUCAGUGUUAUUGGGGCUACCCAGAUCAAGAACAUCAAUAAGAAAGUAGACUUUCCCUGUGACAGCAAUGGGGAGAAACAUGGUUAUAAAGUUAAAUACCCAUCAGCGGAUUACAAUCUCGUUCAUGAGCUAAAAUGUGAUGACUUUGUUAAAGAGGAGCAUGAAAAAAGUGAUGCAAAGUGUGAAGCCUCUGACUAUGAACUGGAGAAUAAACGCACUGUCCAUUUAAAGAGCAGUGAGUCACCAGAAAGAAAAAGACCAGAAUCCCUGUAUUCCAUGUCAAAAGAUGUAAAGUACCAAUCUGUGUAUGUGAUAUCCGAGGAAAAAGAUGAAUGUAUAAUUGCAACUGAGGUUUAAACUGCUAAGGUAAAGCUGUCUAAGGAGCUAAUUACUCCACUGAAAUGCUGCUCAUCUAGGAGGAAAGGAUUUCUUCGGUGGCUGCUGCUGUAAGAUAAAUAAAACAUUCAGAAUGAGCUGGUUCUCUACUGAAGUUGGCACAGUGACUGCAAACACAAUGGACCUUAGGCAAUGGUAGCCUGCUCUCUCAAGGAUUCCUGCCUCUCAAGACUGUGUUCAGGUAUAGCUGUUGCACAGUCUGUUGAGAAACUUACUCAUUGCACUAUGAACAGUUGCUUUUUUGUAUGUAGUAUGAAUGGACUUAAUUGCUGUGGAAGAAGUAUGCACUGUCUACAGUGUACAUUUCACAUUCUUCAGAGCCUUUCUUCAGUUUGGCUUGAAGGUUUUGUGGGGAGGGGGCAUUGUGGAACAAGGAAAAAACACUACUCUUGAAACACUGUUAAAAUUGUGUGUUAUUUUUAUAUAUAUAUAUUUUUAAGCUGUAAUUGGUUUGAAAAGAUAUUUGUAUUUUGUGACUUUUUUGUAAUUUAAACCUUCGUAUAUAUGUACAAAGGCACUUCAAGUCUAUGGGACUUUCUUGUACAUAAAUGUAUUUAUAAAAUAUUUUGCAGAAAUGUUAUUUGAGUUGUUUUUAUUACUGUUUUUUUAUGAAGGAAAUCUUUUAAACAUAUUUUUCCAAAAUAAAUAACAUUAAUAAUGUAUGUCUGUUUUUGUAUACUUGAUACAUAUUCAAAAAUACAUUACCAUAAGAAGUAUGAGGAAAGAACAGAAGAAAAUAAAUAAGCAUGCAUAUAAAGAGGGUAUUUAUUAUGGAUGUUGUGAAAUAUAUAUUUCAAACUGUUAGGUCACAAAGCAAUUUACCAUUGAAAAUAUUGUGAAGAAAUGCAUAAAACUAGUUAGCUAUUGCAAGAUAUCAUUAAUAAUAUUCUUCUGUUGUCAUAAAUUAAAAGAAAAUCUUCUAUAUAGACAAAGUGACACUCCUGUUUGCACAUCACAAAGAAUUAAUCACUUAACACUCUAGUGCCACUGUAUUUUCUGUUUAAAAUUUAGUUAAUUUAGUCUGCAAUGUUCCUUUACCAAAUAGCAAGGUAUCUGAAUUUUAAGACUGAAACAAAUCACACUGUAGCGUAAUCAAUAACACUCUUCAUUUUAUUUCUUGCAACUGACUUGCAAUGCAUUUUGUUUACAAUUCCCUUAAGCCAUCCAGUAGUCCAGAUAAUUUGUCAAUUGAGAUUAUUAUAGAGUAUUGAUCACUGCACCUUAAGAAAACAACAUUUUAUGUUUUUGUAAGGAACAAAAUAUUUAGCAGCAUAAAGGGAAAACUAGAACCUAUGAAUUGAGAAAUGUAAGAACCCCCAAUGUUUUCAUUAUCAUUUUUGUAAAUACAGGACAAUUACAAGACAAAGUAUUAUUAUUUGUCACAGGAAGCAUUUUUCCUUUUGUUGCUAAAAUGUUCCAUAAUCUUUGUAUUGUUUGACAUGUUUAUAUUACACAGAGACACAUAUAGGCAACAUAUUAAUAACAUAUUUAUAUUUACUUCCAAUAAUGCCAGAUCAAAGAGUUUUUUAUGAGUUCAGAUAAAUGUUUGCUUAAAUUAGGUACAGUUCAAUAAUUAACCUAAAGUAAAGGUACUGUUUUCAUAUUUCAAUGCAAAAGAAUGUAAAUAUCUGCAAUGUGUAAAUUUUAUGCAUAUGUACUGUAUAUUAGCUAUUUAAUUUCCAAAUAUUCUGAAUGUUCCAAUUUUUGGAGUUUUUCCCUAUUAUUGAGACUCAAUGUGUCAAAUACACUGAAUUUCUUAAAGUACACUACUACUUUACAAGCACUUUAUGUUCCAUACUACUAAUCUAUGUUUAUUUUAAGCCUUGAAACACUGUGUUCAUCAUCUAGUAGCUCUUGCAUAAAUCAGAGUACUAAAGAAAAAUGACAUAUAAUUCUCAGUUAUAUAAUCUUUUGUACACAAUCAAUUCAACACUAGAUUUUUUUUGUGUUUUUCUUGUUAUUAAUACAGUGAUUAAACAGAAAUCAAUCUUUUAAAAUAAGUUUCCUUAUUACUCUAAUAUUAAAGUAAUUUUAAAAGCAUGUGAUAGCUCUGCUUUUAAACUCGGCUAAAAAAGUAAAUCUAUUUACAUUGAUUCCAAAAUUAUUUCAUGUGAC